CACACCAGCAUUAGGGCAGCAGAUGACCCGGCGCAGCAGCGAGGAGCACUCCAGUCCUCUCCCUGACAAACGAAAGGGAUGGGGGGCAUCAGCCGCAGCUGAGCUCCGAACGGCUGGACCAGGGGGAGCGAGGGGACACAGCAGCUUUCUGCCCCCACUUGGGUGACUUUUUGCUGGAUUUCUUAUCCCCCUACUCCUCUCCACAACACCAUGCCAUUUGCCAAAAGAGCCGUGAAGCCCCAGUUACUGUGCAGGUAUCGAAGCCCAAGCGAGGUGGUGGAGCAGCAGCAGGAGGAGGGUCUGCUUUUCGAGGAUCUGGUCUCCAUCAGUAAUGUGGCUCUGUCCCGGACCCUGCGGCAGCUGUCGGACCUGGCCAAACAUGCCUGCUCCAUUUUCCAGGAGCUGGAAAACGACCUGGCGUCCACCAACCAGCGGGUCAGGGGGCUCCAGGGGAAAAUUACCCAACUCCAGCAGUGCUGCUCCGAGCUGGACCCCAGACAGGAGGCAGUGCCGGUGUCCAACCUGGACGUGGAGAGUAAGCUGACGGCACACUUCAGAGCGCCGUGGCGCCUCCAGAGGAAUGUUUUGCACCCCUCCACACGGCCAGCAUGUGUGGAAGAGCUGUACAGGCAGGCCAACCACAGCCUGUGGUCGCUGAACCAAGAUCACCAGAGGAGGGAACGCAGAGUGACCAUCUCAGCCCUGCCCCCCAUGCCCAUAUCCCCCUCCCCUCUCAUCGAGCCGACGGAAGAUGGUCGGGGCAAAAGUCUAACAACGUUCGACUCCACACGCUCCUCCUCCCCCACCGAAUGUUGCAGCCUCUCUCCGUGGAGCAGAAAGGCUGCGCCUACUGACCCCGACACUGACGGGGUGGCUCUAGGUCACCGGUCUAAGUUUCCCAUCCCUAACAUCCCCUCCACCCUGGACAAGCAGACUAACUGGUCUAGAGCUCUGCCGCUGCCCACCCCAGAAGAGAGAAUGAAAUGCAAUUCCCAAGUCAUCGCCUCAUGCAUCAUUCCUAUUAAUGUGACCGGGGUUGGCUUUGACAGAGAUGCUAGUGUGCGCUGCUCACUCGUUCACUCACAGUCUUUGCUUCAGAGGAGACGGAAGCUAAGGAGGCGGAGGACAGUCGCUGGUUUCCCCAGACAGGUGCAGCAGGAUUUUGACUCUGAUGACUCCCCUGGUUCUAGGGAACGGACAGUCAUUGUUCACACCACUGCCAAUAUAACUCCUUCCACUGAGGAGCUGGCCAGCCAUCUGACCACCAGAGACUCAGGUUGCCAGACCGAAGACUUUUUGACUUCGGGAGCACCGUCUCGGAGGAGGCUCAGGGUCCAGAGAGGUCAGGGCGUGUCGCUCCUGCUCUCCCACUCGGCAGGCAAUAUCUCCUGCCUGCCCGACAGCGCUGACCCCAUGUUCUCCAGUUCAGUGGAGGCCCGUUUGCGGUCGCGGAGUCUGCCCAGAGACAGCAGCAGGAUGAUGAUGAUCCUGAUGGACGAUGAGCGCAACGACAGCGACGACGAGGAGGAGCUGGCGCCCUUCGACUCCAAGGGUUUCCUUCCCGGGCGCAGAGAGAGGAUCCUGAAGGAGGAAGAAGAGAGCGCCGACGAUCGGGCUGUGUCAGAGCGGCAGAUGGGGGGGCUGAAGUUCGCGCAGCUGUCGGAGAGUCCAGAGUGCAGCUGGAUGGAGCGGACCGGCGCUCAACUGCCCAGGAAAGCCGACAUGGGCAGCUGCGAGAUCUCGUCCAGCUCGGACACCUUCAGCAGCCCCGUUCACUCCGUCUCGGCUGCGGGGGUGCUGGGCAGCCAAAUGGACCAUAAGGACGACCACCAGUCUUCCAGCGGGAACUGGAGUGGCAGCAGCUCCACCUGCCCCUCCCAGACCUCAGAAACCAUUCCCCCCGCAGCGUCCCCUCCACUCACCGGCUCCUCGCACUGUGACUCUGAAUUGUCCCUCAAUGCCGCCACUCACACCGCCGAAGACCAGACCAGCUUCCUGCUGGACAACUACCAGGGCCUCAGAAACCAGCGAGCUGGCUCCUUCUCCUCAGCAGCUAUGGAUAUAUUAGAGGAGGUGGGAGUGAGUACGCCCGUGGAGGGAGAGUGGGAUUUCCCCAACGCGGAGCCGUCUUCCUCUCAGGGGUUCAGCCCUGAACCGGGCAGGGAGGCCGAAAGCAGCCUGGGCUGCCCCAGCUUCACCAGCAUGGCUACCUGCGAGAGCAGCUUCUCCGACAAGCCACCAUCAGAGAAAGCAGACACCGUCUCUUACUACUCUGUGGACACCGAAGGGUACUACACCUCCAUGCACUUUGACUGUGGUUUAAAAGGCAGCAAAAGCUUCACCUACAACUAUGCAACCUCCGGUUCUGAUUGCGGUUUGUCAGACACGAGCGGCCAGCUGACUCUGGGGAGACGCUGCCUCUCCUUGAGAAAGUCAAAGGCCAAGCCCUCCCCACCAAAGAGGAGUUCCUCCUUGAGGAAGAUAUGCAGUGAGGGACACAUCCCUGAAAACAGAGAACCAAAGAUUACUGGUACCUACAGACAUCCAGCGUCUCUGUCCUCUAAAGAGCGGAGAAUGCAGCUGGCUCUGUCCGGAUCGCAAGGACUCAUGGAGAACUCCUCACUAGGGCGAGAGCCCCUCGAGGUCUGGGCGAUGGAAGGCAUGUCGGAUCUAACGGAUUUGGGCAUUUUAAGCUCCAAAGACGCACAUUCCUUUAAGGACAAUGGCAUUGUGCAGUCAGACUAUGCAGAUCUCUGGCUUCUAAACGAUUUGAAGUCCAGUGAUCCCUACCGAUCGCUAUCAAACUCCAGCACAGCCACAGGUACGACUGUGAUCGAAUGCAUCAAGUCACAGGAGAGCUCAGAGUCCCAGACUUCCCAGUCUGGCUCCAGAGCCACCACCCCAUCACUUCCAUCAGUGGAGAGCGAGUUCAAGUUGACAUCUCCAGAGAAGCUGGCCGGACUGGCAAGCCCAUCAAGCGGCUACUCCAGUCAGUCUGAAACCCCCACCUCCUCAUUUCCCUCCACCUUCUUCCCCGGACCUCUGUCCCCAGCCACUGGGAAGAGGAAGCCCAAAGUCCCAGAGAGGAAGUCGUCUCUUUCCUCUCUGUCUCUGCAGGCACGCUCUUCCAGAGACGUAGCGACCUCAAAGAAAGAUCUGGAGCUGCCGAUGAUUCCUCCUUCUCACCUCGACUUAAGUGCCCUUCACAGUCCAAGCAAUAAAGGCUUAGCUUACGGGAACCAGCUACCAAACCUUCUCCAGAUCAAGCAAAAAGAUGUGCCAACCGCCAAAGCUGUCACAUCUCUGAACUUGGAGUCUUUCACUGCCCACUCUCUGUCUAUAACACCCUCAAUUCUUCAAAAAGUGCAGCUGCGGUCCAUCAACAAGCAGCCUGAAGACCUGCAUAAGAACAAAGUGGCCUCAAGACUCCAGUGUCCAUCUGAGAACUCAACCAACAGUCAAUUGCUAGAUCUCAAGAGUUCCUCACUGCACAAUUCUCAUAAUCAUCAUAUUUCAUCAAACAACUCAAUCCAUGCCUCAAAUGAAGAGCUUUCAAUGGCGAAUAGCAAGGGCACAGAGGUAUUGUCAGGGAGCGCGAAGGCUGUCGGACUGCGGUCAGAACCGUGUUUGGAUGGUUCUAACGUCCCCAAGACGUUGACUGUUAACGAAGCAGAGCAGCGCUCAGAGUCACCGGUAACAUCCAUCUGCUCCGGAGAGUCGAUCCCACACGUAGACGCUUCAUGUCAGCAGCAGACCGAACUGCCCGAAGCGGAAAUGUGUCCUUGCCCUCCGGUUUUACACAGCUCACCCAAGAGGUCCAACUGUGUGGACAAAGUGCCUGCCGCUGACAGUCCUCUGGAGACGUCCCAGGAGAGCUCCAUCAGCAGCGAAGGGGAGAACGACACAUCAGGGGUUUCAGCCGAAAGUGCCUCACAGGACAGGAAAGAGGAAUCCGCAGAGGAGGCAGACGAUUGCUUUAGCAAAGACUACACAGAAAGUGACAACUCUGCGUUGUCACAACUCGAGGAGUCAAAAAAAGAGGAUGACAGCGUGUUUCUGUCACCCACCAAGUCCCGCACCACUGAGGAUCUGUUCGCUAUGAUUCACAGAUCCAAAAGGAAAGUGUUGGGGAGGAAGGACUCCACUGAGCUGGCUGCGAGGACCCGCCUCAGCGCCUCGUCGGGUAACACCCCGCCGCCCGGCAGCAGCGUCUCCUCCCCGGUCCCUGCAGUGUCUCCCUCCUCCUCCCCCGCUGUGACCCCGCCCGCCCCACACAGGGCCUCGGGGCCCAUCUACAGGAACGCGAAGAAGUCCAGCACCUCCAACGAGGAGUUCAAGCAGCUGCUGCUUAAAAAGGGCAGCCGCUCGGACUCCAGCUACCGCAUGUCGGCUGCUGAGAUCCUGAAGAGCCCCGUCACUCCAAAGUCGCCUGGAGACUUUCUGACCGAGUCACCCAGACAGUCGGAGGAGGCCCCCUCCCCACUGCAGCAACUCCUGUUGGACCAAGAGCAGCUGUCCAGCCCGUACCCCAAAGCCAACGCCGAGAGCUUCUCCCCGAGACCCUUCCUCGCGUCUGCCGCUUCCAGGCAGGGCCGCUCGAGGAUCCCGCCGCCCGCCAGCAGCAGCCGCUACAGCGUGCGCAGCAGGCUGUACUCCACGCCCAUGCAGGCCAUCUCCGAGGGCGAGGCGGAGAACUCGGACGGAAGCCCUCACGAUGACCGCUCCACGUAGGACACGGAGCACAGCAGGGAUAGAUCUAUACGUUUACAAAGACGACUGAUGGACCAUGAUGAAAUAUAAUAUAUAAAUAUAUCAAAUAUGCAGAAGGCAGGGGAGCAGAUUCAAUCAUUCUAAUAGUAAAAAAAAUCAGAUUCCUAGCAAUUUUUAUGGAUGAAUUUUUAAAUAUUUUUCUUUUUAUAUUUCAGUCCACUUUUUUUUUCUUACAAACUAUUUUUAAAAUAAAUCCCUGUUAUUACAAAAUGCGUUUAUUAAGAAAAGAAAAAACAACAAAAAAAAGAAACAUCCGAAACCAAAAUAUUCAUUCUGCCCAAUUUAACUCUUACAGUUCCGAUUACAGAUUUAAAUUGUUUCCAAUUUUUGUAAACCGUGCCAACACAGACUAGUGUGAUUUCUGUCGAAUAGCUGUUUUUCAAUAAAGUUAGCACAACUAGCAUGACGUAGCUCUGCGUAUCCCUUGAUAGAGUUCUGCAAAAAGCUGCAAACAUUUCAAAGUUUGUUCUAUGACUGGCAAAAGUGAAAAACUCAAACUAAAAAACAGAGCAACUUAGAUCGCGUUUAGUGAAAGUCUCAGCCUGAUUCUACAGCCGACACGUGUCAACAUUAAAUAGCUCCCCACAUCUCAGUGAUUCAUCUGAUUUCCCUAAUAAUGUGUUUUAACAGCUAAUGUUAAGCCUUCUUCUGACAAUAACAACUUACACACCGAGGAGUUGUUGUUGUCAGCGGGACGUGUCGGGUCUUACGUUUGAUUAUCGAUUAUCUCUAGUUUUAAAGAGAUAUUUUCUUUGAUUAUUUGAAGGCAGGUAAACCCAACACCUCGUGACAGCACAUGCGCUUCGUCUUAUCUGUUCUGUUGUCAGAUUUAAAAAGAAAAAAAAAACAUAAUAGUUGACCUUGAUUUUAUAUCCUAUAGAUGCAGAUUUUUUUUUUUACCUUUUAUGUAUUCUGUGAAUACCUAUGCAAGAAAAGACACAAAACUUGUACAUUUCCUCAAGCCACUUUAACUUUCCCGCCAAUCAGCACGUCACAACUAGCUUCAGAGAAAUUAUCCCGCCGUCUUUCCACUCAUAUUGUUAGCAACAGCAGUUGGAAUACUUUAACUCCUAACAAGGACAUAUAUAACGAAAGGCAGCUACUUGUUACAAUAUUUCAGAGUCAUCAUAGAGAGUUACCAGUGACAGAUGGCGGAACGGUCUAAACCGAAUACCAAGCCGACCAUCUCUGGAGACAGGAAAGACGCAGGUGUUAUCAUGGGACACGAAAAAGUGCUCAAAAAGCCAGAGGCGGUGGAAACGCAGCGUGGAAAGAUACAAUGAGAAGGUCAUGUGUUUAAAAGAACAGUGGUCGUUUGUGGCUGAAGAUGUGGCAUGUUUUUGAAUAGUCGAAAAAAGGCGAUAGGAAAGUGCUCAGUAGGAUCGAAUAUGCCUUACUUUACUCAACA